AUGUCAGUCUUAACUGAAAAGGGACUACUACAGCCCUUCAUGAUCCUGCCUGGUCUGGACGUCACUCAACCUUUUUCUCGAACAACUCAGGGAACCGCACCGAGAAAUCAUUCGCAUCAUCGAGUCAGUAUUGCUAUCCCAACACACGAAAGAAUAAAUAAAGAUCCAAUGGUCCUUCGAACAUUUGCUGCCCAAACUUUCUUGGAUGCCGGUGAUGUUACAUCCCGAAUCUUGGAGGUUGUCAAGAAUUUCGACCAAGUGGAUGGAAACAAGGUCACGGAAAAGGUCAAGUUCACUGAGGAUUUGGGAUUGGAUUCCUUGGACGUUGUUGAGGUGGUAAUGGCCAUUGAGGACGAAUUUGCUAUUGAGAUCCCAGAUGCUGAGGCUGACAAGAUUGUCUCCAUCGCAGAUGCUGUAGACUACAUCAUUUCUCAUCCAAUGGCAAAGUAA